AUGAUAUUUCCUCGAACAAAAGCUCCGGAAUUAGCCGGGGUGUCGGGCAUUGUCAUUCCUCCUGGUGAUGGGCUUGAUUCUGGUGGAGGUGGAGGAGUUGGACUCAUGGAUGAUGUGGGCCUCAUUUCUGGGGUUGGGGAAGGUGGACUCAUGGAUGAUGUGGGGCUCGUUUCUGGGGUUGGGGAAGGUGGGCUCAUGGAUGAUGUGGGGCUCGUUUCUGGGGUUGGGGGGCUCAUUUCAGGGGAUACGGGGGAGCUCGUUGGGGUCAUUGAAGGAGGUGAGGAAACUGGGGGUGGAGUUGCAGGUGGAGAGGCGUUUGGUGAUGGUGGCAUUGAUAUUGUAGUUGAUGGAGCUGGUGCUGGGGCUUGA